AUGAGCCUAAAGGCCCUGAUGGCAGACCAUCCCGUCACAAACCCAGGCGAGGGCGUUCAGUACCUCACCGAAGACGAAAUCAACUCCUUUCUGGACGAUCUCGACCACAACGACGACGGGUACAUUGAUUACGCCGAGGUCGAGGCAAAGCUCGACGCGGCGCACGAUGAGCUUGCGCCCGCCAACCAGUUGAAAUCCCACCACACCAUCAAGAAAUCCCACGAUUCAUACGAUGACCAGCGCCGCCAUGAGUUUUUGAGGAGCAUCAUGGGUUUGUCCCGGUCCCGUCCGGGUACCCACUCCGGCGCCGAUGAUGAUGCUUCCGAGGGCGCGGAGACGGACGCACGUAAAAUUCGCAUCCCCCGUGCCGAAUUCGCGGAGCGUGUACGUGAUUGGAAGAUUCCUUCCCUGAAGCAAGAUAAAGCCUCCGAGGACAACCAAAAGACGUACGUACGCCGCCUGCGCCCGUGGCGCCGCUUACGCGCCUACUGGGCCGUUCAUGGGCCCGAGAUCGCUUUCCUGGCUCUAGUAGUUGGCUUCAUCCUCGCCUUCGGCAUCUGGCAGUGCGUAAAGUACGUGACGACACCGCAAUAUCGCGCUGCCUUUGGCUGGGGUGUCGUUAUGGCCAAGACCUGCGCUGGCUUGCUCUACCCAACCUUCUUCUUCCUCAUCCUCAGCAUGUCGCGAUACUUCUCGACGUUCCUCCGGCGGUCAUACUACGUCUCACGCUUCAUCAACUGGGACCUCAGCCAAGCUUUCCACAUCAGGAUCUCCAUGGCAGCACUUCUCUUCGCCACGCUACACGCCAUCGGCCACUUGACGGGCUCCUUCAACCACGGCAGUCGUCCCCAGAAUCAGGACAGCGUGGCGGAGGUCCUGGGCCCGGAUAUGGUGCCCCGUCCGUACAUUGAAUAUGUCCGCUCUCUCCCCGGAUUCACGGGCCUAACCGCCCUCGGGCUGUUCUACACCCUCGCAAUCUGCAGCCUACCGCAAGUCCGCCGUUGGAACUACGAGCUCUUCCAGCUUUCUCACCUUCUGAUGUACCCGAUCAUCGGGCUGAUGAUGGCUCACGGCACCGCGGCACUUCUGCAGUGGCCUAUGUUUGGCUACUUCCUCGCCUUCCCCACGCUCCUCAUCCUCGUAGAGCGUGUCGUCCGCGUCGGUACGGGAUUCCACCGCAUUCCCGCGAAGCUCAAAGUGCUCGACGGCGAGACGGUCGAAAUUACCGCCACUAUCCCUAGCGAGCGCAUCUGGAAGUACCAAGCCGGGCAGUAUGUGUUCCUGCAGGUGCCCAAGAUAAGCACCUUCCAAUGGCACCCGUUUACCGUCUCGAUUUGCAAAGGAAGAGAGUUCCAGCUGCACAUCAAGACGGACGGCAACUGGACGAAGAAGCUACGGGAUCUAGGAGGGGAGACGGGAGAAUCACAGAUUGACGUGGGCAUCAACGGGCCUUUUGGCGCGCCAGCGCAGCGGUUCUACGAUUUUAGUCACAGCAUCAUCGUGGGCUCAGGCAUCGGCGUCACGCCCUUUUCUGGCAUCCUCGCGGACCUCCAGGCGAAGGAUGACGAAGAUCACGGCGGACCGGCACAUCACGGCCACCACCGGGACCGUCAUGACUCCGAGACGACGGUCACAUCAAGUAAGGAACAGACAGACGACGAAGAGCGCAGAAAGAAGCAAUCAGAGGCGACAGACGGCAACGACCCUUCGAAACCGCCGCACCCCUCCGAGUCCUACACGUUCGCGAGCGACUAUCGGCGCGUAGACUUCCACUGGACGGUCCGCGACAGGAACUACCUGCUCUGGAUCGCGGACCUGCUCAACUCGGUAUCGCGCAGCCAGGACUGGCACCGCGCGCACGAGGGCCCGUCGCAGCACCUAGACAUCCGCAUCGCGACGCACGUCACGCAGAAGCGGCGCGACAUCGUCACGCACGUGUACCGCUGGCUGCUCGAGAUGCACCGCACAGACGAGCACCCCGAGUCGCCCCUCACAGGGCUGCUGAACCCGACGCACUUUGGCAGGCCUGAUUUCGACGACAUAUUGGACAGGCACUACGAGGACAUGCGGAAAUUCCGGGCGAGCAAGAGGCGCAACGGAAAAGUCGACGGCGGAAAUGCCACCACCGGAGACGCCAAGCCUGUCAACGAGAAGGACAGUGGAGGAGGACAAGGGGGAUCAGACAGCGCGGGGACAGACGAGAAGGCGAAAAAUAGCAACGGCGGCGGCAAUGGGAGUGCAAACGGCAAUAGCCCCGACGCGGACCCCAGCGCUCGCCAGAGCAGGGCAGAGGAGGAGGAGGAAGAGGACGAGGAGAUGAAGGUCGGCGUGUUCUACUGCGGAGCGCCGGUUGUCGGGGAGAUCCUGGCGGACAAGUGCCGGCAACUCACGGUGCGGGGGCGGCACGACGGGAGCAAGAUUGAGUACCAUUUCAUGAUUGAGGUAUUCGGUUAA